CCUGUUCGAUUAUUCGUUUAAAAAUUAUAAAAAUUCACACUUUGAAUAACAUUUAAUUUCUCAUGUGUCAUUUAAGUUCUCAUUUUGUCAAAACGAUGGAUUUUCUCAAAUCCUCUGAUAAGCAACAGUGACAGUGAAAGCCAUUCUAUUUUCAGCACCUGAAACACCCACCCUACUCAGGCAAGAGAACAUUAUUUUUAAAGUUAUAGCCCUGCAUGCUUUUCAAAUAGAAUGUUAAAUUGAAUCUUGAUGUAUUCUAUCAAAGCAGAUAGAAGGCUGUCAAUGAUAUCUUUGCUCCUGUCUUUGUUAUCUUUAGGGGGCGGACAAAAGGAAGUCAAACUAUGGAGCCUCUGAAUUUCAGUUUUUUCUUAAAUUAUAACAUUAUGAAAAGUGUUAUAAUCUUGUUAUUGAAGGCUCUAUGUAUGUAAAGAAAGAAUCAAAUUCGUAAAUUCAAAACUUAGCUCAAUAAUACGUUUGUUAUUGUUAGAAACAAAGUAUUUAUACAUUUCUAGUAACAUGUUUUCAGGAUUACAAAGGCAAUUUACCUUACCGAAGUUAGUUAUGAUAUUUACCAUAAUAUUUAUGUCAUUUAUACUUUUACUGAGUUUACUCUGCAACUCGUGUUUACAUACAAGUAAACACUUGAAAAUCAUAAGUUAUAUUAAUAGCCAAAAUUACAAACACAGCAGUUUAAUUAAUAACAAAUCUAUUGUAACUACUCUAUCAAUGGAAGAAAUGAAAAACGUAAGGGCUCAAUUAAGUAACAGAAAAAAUGAAUUAGAACAGUAUUGUCAAAUCAUUAGUAGAAGUGAUUCAAAUCUGGACAAUGUACUGUCUAAUAUGAUUAUUGAUACAGAACACGGGAUAUCAUGGUGUCCCAUCUAUAAGGCAGCAAGUUCUACUUGGAUGAAACAUUUUGCUACACUUGGAGGUGUAUUAACAGAAACAGCUAUGGAAUUAAUUCGUCGAGAUGUGCUACAGAUAAAUACCAUUGUUAGAAAAGCAUUUCCACGCGAUCGAGAUAUCAAGAGGGCAUAUCAAAAAUUAAAUAAAACGAAAAAAUUUCUAAUUGUACGCCACCCGUUUGAACGUCUUGUAUCCGCAUAUAGGGACAAGUUAGAACACAUCGAAGGAAGAGAUUAUUAUUAUAAAAGAUUCGGACGUCACAUUGCACACAAGUAUCAUCAAUAUAGAAAACCAAAUGAAACCCAACUUGAACCAACAUUUACAGAAUUUCUUCAGUUCAUAGCAGAAGAAAAAUACUUUGACGAACAUUGGGCACCGUUUGUCGAUACAUGUGAACCUUGUCUAAUCAAGUAUAACUACAUUUUGAAAUUUGAUACUUUUGAUAGGGAUCAAAAGUUCUUAAUACAAGAGUUAGGUUUAAAUCAAUAUCUGUAUGAAAAAAAUGAUUUGAAAAAUAUAAAUCCACGUGGAGUUACAACAACUACUUUAGUUAAAGAAUACAUGCAAAACGUUCCUAGGUCACUGCUUGAUAAAAUUAAUAAGGUUUACGAAAAUGACUUUAAACUUUUCUCCUAUUUACCCAUUUAAUAAGUACAAGUAUUUAAUAAUAGAGAUGAAACCAUUAAUGUGAUAAAUUUAUGCAUUUAACGCUUGGUAAUGAUACUUAAGCAAUAGCGAUUUUUACCAUAGAGAUAACAGCUGUAGGAUUUUAUAAUUAAAAUAACCAUGUUAACUGUUCUUACUUGUG